GCUUCAGCAUCAGUGCUUCCAAUGAAUAUUCAGGGCUGAUUUCCUUUAGAAUGGACUGGUUGGAUCUCCUUGCAGUUAAGGGACUCUCGAGAGUCUUCUCCAACACCACAGUUCAAAAGCAGAGUAGUCCCUCAAAAUCAUGCCCAGAGUUGUUAGUGAAUCCUGCUCUGUGCCCAGCCCUGUGAUAAGCUUCAUCAGCUUUCUGUCUCACAAUCCAAAUAUUCGAAACAUUCUGUGAUCAUCUUUCCCAUUUCAUGGAUAAGGACAGCUGAGGCCUAUGGAGGUUAAGUGCUCUGCUCAGGGUAAAGCAUCAGCGGUAGGAGUCAGCCCAGCCCUGGCUAGUCCCACAACCAGGAUGUCCAACCUGCAUUCACUCUGCCUCCUCGCACGCCUUUGGGUAAACUUCUCAAGGAGGCUUGGGACACCAUGCAUGUCCCAGGGUCAAAAUAUGUGGAUAUUGGAGUGACCUGCUCUGGAGACAUCGAGGCUCAUGAGAAAUAGUCAAGCCUCUCUGCUGAUGGUGAAAAGUUGGUGGAUGGUCAUCUCUGGAUGCUUGUCUUUGGAACCAUGAUUGUGAGAACUUGCCCCCAUCGGAGGUGCCUGAAGGAUGUGUGUACUGGUUCUGUGGGGUCUAUGGAUAAGCCAUGAGGCCCAGGGACUCCAGAGAUUGUGUGCAAAACACAAGUUUGGAUUGGUGUGGAUCUGGAGAGAAGGCCCAUAGACCUCACAGGGUUUCAGAUUGAGGGGGCAUGACCCCAGAGAGAAAGAAGCCCUGGGGCUUCCAGUCACCCCUGGGCUGACCUAGACCUCAGAGGCUGAGUCUGGACACCAUCAGAUCACCUCCUCCCAAGGCUGCGCUGGCUGAACUACAUAUGGGCAUCCUGCUGACCUUGAAGGUUGUUUCAGGACACAGCACUGCUAAACUUGUCCUUGGACUUACUAGGUAUGAGGUCUUAAGGACAGUGAUACCUGCUCAGGGCUCUCGAGGAGAGCCUUCUGGAUAAAUCUUGUGUUGGAUUCAGUAACAGGAAUAGUUGGGUAUCUCUUGAGCAGGUGCUUUAAUCUUCACUUCAUGGAUCCUAUGAAACACGUAAAUGAAGUAUUUCCCUUUUCUCAUCGGCUGACAGGUAACUCCGACCUGUCUGUGUAACCUCAUGGGCUGUUGCGCACUGACCUGGCUCCUCGUUCUUUCGGACUUUCAUACCCCUGUUUUCCCCUUGCCCAUUUUCAUCACAUUUUUUUCCUUAGGAAGAAAAAAACUUUGCUGUUUUAUGUGUUCUAGACAUAACUAAACAAACGUAUGGUGGAUCAUCACUGGCUACUGCAGACACAGGGAUUAAGCAUUUCCUUUCUGCAGGCUCCAUCCCAGAGGCCUGUUUGCCAACUCUGUGCCCCCAUCCAUCUCUUCCCCCAUCCAGUUCCCUCUGCUUCUUGCUCCAGUUUCGGGGACCCCAGAGCCUCGGGGCUCCUCCAUACUGACUCCUGACUCUGAUGAGCUGUAUCAUCUGAUACAAUGAUCAGGUUUUUCCCUCUGCUUCUCCUGUCUUCCUGGACUUCACAAAAGCAGGGGAAAAGGGAACAAGGAGAAAAACCAGGAGGGGAGUCAUUUCCCCAACUGGGCCUUAGCUGCUCUUCCCAAAGCCUCAGGUCCCCUUUUGGAGGUCUCCCCCUUUUUCAGCUCCCGUCUUGUCUCAGUAGCCCCAGGUGACUUCUGUCCCCCGCCUGAGCAGACUGAGCCGUUUUUCUGUCUGAAAGAUGGCGAAUGCAACCCUGGUGCCUUGGAAUUGCCGGUGGAGAGAGCCAGCCAGCAGUGCCCUGGGGAGAGCAGUGCCCUGGGGGCACAGUGAGAUGCCAGUGCUGGGCUUAAGUGCCACACCCUGUCAUCAGUUGUCCCUCCAGUUCUUGCAUGAGGUGGCUUCUCUCUGUUUCCCAAAGUUAAUAAACUCAAACUGGAUCAACAUGCUCAGUAUAAACUGUGCCUUCCUCCCACCCGUCUCCUAGCUCCUCCCACCUGGCAGCUACAGUUAACUGGUUCAGUGCAAGUUCUUGUGGUUGUUUAUGCAUAGAUUCAAAUAAAUGUGUGUGUGUGUGUGUAUAGAUAUAGUCACAUACAUUCCCGUUUAAAAAAAUGAGAAAUGGUUGCACACUAUUGCCCAUGUCUUUCCUGGCCCUGGACUUAAAAACAUUUUUUUUUACUUAAUAAUGUAUCUUGGGUGAUGGUUCCACCUUGGUAUUUAAACAUCUGUGGAGCCUUCUCUGACAGAAUCGGUUAAAAAGAAAACGCUAGGGUGGGGGAGAAUGUUAAUAAUGAAAGGGUUAAGUCUCUAGGGAAGAGAAGGGAUGCUCAUGGGUGGGUGUUAGGAGGUUUAAGAGCCUUCUAAUUGUGUGUGUAAAACUGUGGGCACAAAUGGAUCUUCAGGGAAGAGGGAUUGUGUCUCUCCAAGGGGGUCUGUGACCCAGAAAAGACAAAGAACCACAGCAUUGGGUUGUGUGGAUUAAACAGAGCAGGAGGCAGAGGUUAACUCGUCAGAGGGCAGCGUCCCUCUUGGUUCUUGGGCCUCACCGGGGCAGCCACGGAUCGGGCUGAGACAGGGGCAGAGCUGCCAGCCCUGGUAGCCUCUUGGAAGGUGACUGGAACCUUCCCACUUCGAAGGAGGGUUCCUGCAUCGUUCAGGGAGGGUGGUCCUGACCCUGAGGAUGAAGUACAAGGGCUUCCAGGGAUCGGACAAUUCCGAUGGCCAGACCUGGGAAGCCCUUAAGGGUCACUGGGUUUAGGAAAAAACCGAGGCACAAAGAGGCCAGGGGAUGAGUCUAAGGUCACUAGCCAGGCGAAUGCAGAGCCUGUGGGUUGCUCCAGCCUAUGACAUUCGGUGUUCCUUCCCUGCCGGAGCGGAAGGAGACCAGGGAGCCGAGACCCUCCAGAUGCUAUGAGGCUGCCUGUUGCCGCCUGCCUCAUGGUGUGUGGGUGAGGGAAGAGGGGAGCACAGAGCCGAGCCCGCAGCUCGGGUGGGCGUGUCAUCCCCCCACCUCGCUGCUCCUGCAACAUCGUCUCCCCGCCGCCUGCCUGCCUGCGUCCUCACAUUAGACUGCAGCCAGCCAGCCAGGAAUUCUGAACCCAGCCGAGACGCCGCGCUAAGGGGCGGCACUGCAGGAUGUGGCCACUAGACGGCAGCAGGGAAGCCACUGCGGCGGUUCCGCAGAGAGAGCUCGCCGGCUGGGAGAGUGUGCAGAAAGGCAGGAGCUCCAGGCAGAGGCUUGCCUGGCAGAGGUCUGGGCACAGCGGUCAAGGAGCGUGUCUGCCUCACCGUCACAGUCAGUGCUGAUGGGUUCUGAGGGACCUCCUUGACCUAGAAAGCACGCGAGGCAUCAAUGACAAUAAAAAUAACAUUUAUUGAGCACUUCCUCCUCGCUGCUGCUGCUGCUGCUGCUGCUAAGUCGCUUCAGUCGUGUCCGACUCUGUGCGACCCCAUAGACGGCAGCCCACCAGGCUCCCCCGUCCCUGGGAUUCUCCAGGCAAGAACACUGGAGUGGGUUGCCAUUUCCUUCUCCAAUCCCCGCUAGGCACUGUACGAAGUAAUCAGUCCUAAAAAAACAGCCUUGUUAAAAUUAUCCCCAUUUCUUAGGUGAGAAAACCAGAGGUCCAGGGAGACUGGGGGAAUCUGGUCAUCCACAGGGCUGGUGCCAGAGCCAACGUCCCAAGCGCAAGGCUGUACCAUAUUAUACGCCUGUUCAGAUGACCACUGCUACGGUAAUACUUACUUUAUGGGUGGGGAAACUGAGGCUCAGAGAAAACGAGUGAGUCGCCCAGGCCCGCGUCCUGCCGAGUGAUAGGUCCAGGUAGGUGUGGUUUCAUGGCUUGAGCUCUUGGCUCUGAAUUCUCGUUCUCCCAGGUGGAGGUGUUCCCACUCCCAUCCUGUACCCUAAUUUGAAGGUGGCUGGUUCCCAAGUCUGAACUUUCCUUUGAGAGUGGGUGACUCCCAAAAGAAGUUAGAUUCCGGACACCCACGUCUAAGGCUUGCCUGGGUUUUGACUCACCAGAGGUGGAGGGAGGCCAGGCCAGAGGCUUCAAGAAGCCCCAGCGAGGGGCUCUGGGGCCCACAGUCCAGCUUAGAGGAUGGGGGUAUUGAGGGUAUCCCUUGCAGUGGCCAGAGCUCCCCUGGGAACAAUGGGGCCGGGCCUCAGGGCCUCUGGUUUCCAGGGCAGUUGCUUCCAGCAUACCAAGGACGCUUGGCGGGCCCUGGGCCUGGUUCUGCCAGGCUGGCAGGAGAGCAGGGGCAUUUCUAGGAGGGCCUGACUUCCUCCAUCUUCCCGUUCCCAUGCCCUGGCUUUGCCCUCCUUGGAGGUGGGGGGUGGGAGGGGUGACAACGGGGUGGCCUGCCUUCAACAUCUUCCCCUCCCGGGUGUCCAGAUUGCACCUUGUAAAUCUGAGUCCUGCUUUUUAAGGGAUUUAUAGCAUCGCAAUGAUGCUUUAAUUUCUUCUGAUUUAUUGGCAAAGACCGCAGCUUCCAAUCCUGGCCUUACAGUUUUUGGGGGUGGUGGUGGUUCAGGGAAGUGAGGGGAAGAAACUUAAAAUGGUUUCCUCCUUGAAAGAUGCUCAUCUCUAAAGAAAACCUUGGGUGAAUUGUUUUUGGAACGGGAAUCUUAAGAGUUAAGGGAAGUCUCUUUAAAGCUUCCAUUUCCUGUCUUGGUGAGGACCAAAGGGUGCUGAAAGUGGUUGAAGAGGGAGUAGGUCAGGGAGGAGGAUUUUGAGCAUGCCGCCUUGCUAGAAUCCUGGCUCUAAGCUUGGAGAAGUUACCUAACCGUGUAGAACCUCAGUUUUCUUAUCUGUAAAAUGGAACUAUGACCCCACAGGGUUACUGUGAGCGCUAGAUGAGCUGAUGCCUGCAAAGGGAACAUAUGACUGGGAGAAACAUCACGAGUGCCCAGAAGUACUUGCUUUCCUUCAUGUUAUUUUACCCAUAGUGCUCAGAAUAGCACCUGGCUCAUGCUAGAUAAUAACAUGCUUGUGAAUAAAUACAAAGGAAAUAUGGCCGAAUGAAAUAGCACUGGUGCUGAAGAAUGGACUCCUGAGUAAUUUAAAAAUAUUACUCUGCACGAGUAUCGGUGACUUUCCCUACCUGUUCUCAAAAGACGUUCACGCUGGUCUUGGGGCACUUGGGCAGGGCUGGCCUGCACUCUGCAUGGGGCACACAUAAAGCUGAGACGCUGUUCUCUGUGGGGUCCUCUGAGCAACCCUGCUGAUGGAGACAGCGUCUUCUGCUCUCGUGGGGUGAGGCAGUGUGGGACGGGGGUGCGUUUCUCGGCUUAUGCCGGAGGUUCCCCAGAACCUCUGACUGCGUCUUUUCCGUUUACUGCCACCUGGUGACAUGGUACCGCUUCCUCUAAGCACCAAGUAGGGUUUCACACCUAAACCAGGCCUCCCCGAGCCGCCGUCAGCCCACUGCUGUCUCACCCCAGCCUCUGGGCCCAUCCCUAAGCUUCAGCAUGCUUCUUCUCCACCAAACUGAUGGUAGAAGAGCCACAGCGCCGGCCCAAGAGUCUGAUCCAGAGGGACUCGAGUUUCUCCUACAUCUUACUUGCUUACCACGCCCAUUGGCGUAGUCUCUGAGCCUUAGUUUCAUCAUCUGAACAAUGGGAGUGAGGACCCUGACCUUCCAGCAGGGGCUCUCAGGAAAACAGACUCUCCCUGGUGUGGAGAGCUGGGUGAGUGAGCUGAACCCAACAGCACUCAUUUGGGAAAUGAGGACCCACUCGUCCCGCCCCCAAGGGGAAUUGUGCCCAAUAGUGAACGUGGGAAGAAUACUCAGAAGGCGCAGGCGUUCACCCAACCUCCACGAGCCCAGUAGUUCAACCAGACCAGACAGCAAAGGGAAGAGCAUGCUCUAAGUCUCAGAAGUCAUCUGAACGUUGCCUUCUAACAUCUGGCGCCUCUCGCACUGAUUCACAAAUGAGCAGGGGACAUUAAUUACAUGCAUGUCUGAAGGCCCAAUAUUGGUAGCCUGGAGGAACACUUUCUUGCCUGUGAAAUGGAACUGAUACUGGCUUCCACGUAAAGUUCUUGCAGAACACUGAUGAGCCAAGUCUGCUGGCCAUGGGACUGCUGCACGGGCUGUGACUGCCUGCGAGGCCUGGAGACCCGGCAGCUGUGGACUGCCCAGCGCCGAACAGCCCCUCUUUGACCUCACAUGCUGGAGAAGCAGCCCCAUGAAGGUGCCCAGCCAUGCAAUGUUCCUGGAAGGCCGUCCUCCUUCUUGCCCUGGCCUCCAUCGCCAUUCAAUACACGGCCAUCCGCACCUUCACGGCCAAGUCCUUCCACACCUGCCCGGGCCUGGCGGAGGCUGGGCUGGCCGAGCGGCUGUGCGAGGAGGGCCCUACGUUCGCCUAUAACCUCUCGCGCAAGACCCACAUCCUUAUCCUGGCUACCACGCGCAGCGGCUCCUCCUUCGUGGGCCAGCUCUUCAACCAGCACCUGGACGUCUUCUACCUGUUUGAGCCCCUCUACCACGUGCAGAACACACUCAUCCCCCGCUUCACCCAGGGCAAGAGCCCAGCCGAUCGGCGGGUCAUGCUGGGCGCCAGCCGGGACCUCCUGAGGAGCCUCUACGACUGCGAUCUCUACUUCCUGGAGAACUACAUCAAGCCGCCGCCCGUCAACCACACCACCGACAGGAUCUUCCGCCGCGGGGCCAGCCGCGUGCUGUGCUCCCGGCCGGUAUGCGACGCCCCUGGCUCGGGGGACCUGGUGCUGGAGGAGGGGGACUGCGUGCGCAGGUGCGGCCUGCUGAACCUGACGGUGGCCGCCGAGGCCUGCCGCGAGCGCAGCCACGUGGCCAUCAAGACGGUGCGCGUACCUGAGGUCAACGACCUGCGGGCCCUGGUGGAAGACCCCCGCCUAAACCUCAAGGUCAUCCAGCUGGUCCGGGACCCCCGGGGCAUCCUGGCCUCCCGCAGCGAGACCUUCCGUGACACAUACCGCCUCUGGCGGCUCUGGUACGGCACCGGGCGGAAACCCUACAACCUGGACGUGACGCAGCUGACCACGGUGUGCGAGGACUUCUCCAACUCCGUGUCCACCGGCCUCAUGCGGCCCCCGUGGCUCAAGGGCAAAUACAUGCUGGUGCGCUACGAGGACCUGGCCAGGAACCCCAUGAAGAAGACUGAGGAGAUCUACGGGUUCCUGGGCAUCCCCCUGGACAGCCACGUGGCGCGCUGGAUCCAGAACAACACGCGGGGAGACCCCACCUUGGGGAAGCACAAGUACGGCACGGUGCGAAACUCGGCGGCCACGGCCGAGAAGUGGCGCUUCCGCCUCUCCUACGACAUCGUGGCCUUCGCCCAGAACGCCUGCCAGCGGGUGCUAGCGCAGCUGGGCUACAAGAUGGCCAGCUCGGAGGAGGAGCUCAAGAACCCCUCCAUCAGCCUGGUGGAGGAGCGGGACUUCCGCCCUUUCUCGUGACCGGGGCUCCGCGGGUGGGGGCAGGGGGCACAGGGUGUCGGUUUUGAUAACAUGGACCGUUUUUAACUGUUGCCUUAUUUCCCCCUUCCCUCUCCACCCGUCUUUGGUGUCCUACCUGCCCCCUGUCUGUCCCCUUCCCCUUCCACCUGCCUCUCUUUGUCUCUGAAAUUUGCACUAUGUCUUGGACAGGAAUCCCUGGGGCAGAGGGGGCGAAGUGGGGUCCAGCUCCCACCCCACCCCGUUCAGACACUCGAGUGUGUGUCCCUGGUGGAUGGUGACAAUGUUUACAAGCACCACACUUUCACAUUCACAUGUGCACGUAUACACACACACACACACACACACACACACACACACGGGCGCCUGAGAGGAGAGACACCCCAAACCACACAACUUCUGAGGUUUUUUGAAUGGACGAGUGGUCAGCGUAUGGUAGUUUUUGCACUGUCUUACUUCAACAAGGUAAGAGGUUAAAAACAAAAAGGCCACCUCUCUCUAAUUUAUGAAUGGUGUUUAUCCCUCCCCAUCCUGUUUCUGCUCCCCAAUAUCUGCUGCCCCCCACUCCUUGGAGCAGAGAAAACUGCCCUUUCCUGCCCAUCCUUGCCUGUCGGUGAGCAGGUUUUUACUGUGAGGUGAAUGUGGACCUUGUUUAUUUCUUCCAGUCUGUGGCAACGCUGUGUCUGUCUGUCUGAGUUUUGUGGCUGCCCCUGGACCAGUGAUGGCUGAUAAAUAUUAUGGUUUUCUGAUUGAUCUUGGGGUCCAUCUGUGAUAUCUCUUUGUGCCAAAAAAGAAAAAAAAAAAAAAAGAGUGGUUCAGUUUGCUAAAUGAACAUUGAAAUGCUUUAUCUGUUUUCUGUAAAUAAAAGAGUGCAAUAAUG